UCCCUAGGUCAGGGGUGGAGGAUGCCCGGUAGGGGCAAGUCCCGUCUAGAUGAGUUCCCUCCUUCAGGCAUUCCUAGAUCUCUGGUCAUUCUUCUCCAAUCAGGAGAAGGUCCCCUGGUCUUAUAAAGCCGGGAGAGAGGUCUGAAGGGUCUGAGGGCCCUUCACCUGCUGAGGUUUUCCAAGGCCUUAACCCUUCCCUGCUCUUCACAGGAUUCAGCUGGCUGGGAGCUUGGAAGCUUGCACUCCAGCCCUUGCCCUACAAUUGGUUCUGUCCUGAUUUUCUGGAUCUCAUUCUCAUCUAUAUGAGAAGGACAGGGGUGAGAAGUGGACCAGAUUAUUUUAAAGGAUCCCAGCAUCUCAGGCUGCAAGGUUUUAUCAGCCCUGAGUUUGGGGGAGAAAAUGGGUGCCCACAAUAAUUAGCGUGCAAUAAUUAACUGAGUAGGGCAAGGGGGACUGCGGAGCCGAGCAGAAGCCUGAGCAGGACCAGGAACCCUUCCUCUCCCAGAGACUGACAUGGCCCGACGGGUGACAACACAGCUGCUGCUCCUUCUGGUGGGGGUGGCCGCAGUAUGGGCGGCCCGGUCCAGGACUGAGCUUCUCAAUGUCUGUAUGGACGCCAAGCACCACAAGGAAAAGCCAAGCCCGGAGGACGAGCUACAUAAGCAGUGCAGCCCCUGGAAGAAGAAUUCCUGUUGCUCCACCAACACCAGCCAGGAAGCCCAUAAGGAUAUCUCCUACCUGUACAGAUUCAACUGGAACCACUGCGGACAAAUGACACCUGCCUGCAAGCGCCACUUCAUCCAGGACACCUGCCUAUAUGAGUGCUCCCCUAACCUGGGGCCAUGGAUCCAGGAGGUGAACCAGAGUUGGCGCAAGGAGCGCAUCCUUGACGUGCCCCUGUGCAAGGAGGACUGCCAGCAAUGGUGGGAGGACUGUCGCACCUCCUACACCUGCAAAAGCAACUGGCACCAGGGCUGGGACUGGACCUCAGGCUAUAACCGGUGCCCAGCAGGAGCUGCCUGCCUUCCCUUCCAUUUCUACUUCCCCACACCUGCUGCUCUGUGCAGUGAAAUCUGGACUCAUUCCUACCAGGCCAGCAACUACAGCCGAGGGAGUGGCCGUUGCAUCCAGAUGUGGUUUGACCCAGCCCAGGGCAACCCCAAUGAGGAGGUGGCGAGGUUCUAUGCCAUGGCCAUGAGUGCUGGGGCCCUGUCCCGAGGGGUGGAGCCUCUUCUGCUCAGCCUGGCCCUGAUGCUGCAGCUCGGGCUCCUGGGUUGAGCUCCUUUUACCCUGUGAUACCUGCACAGCCCUGCCCGGUUGAGCCCCAAAGCUCCUAGCCAUCCACCUCCUCCUAUUCCUUGGCCAGGGAUGGGGCUUUGACUGACAGUUUGAAUAAACCAGACACCCACCAGG